AUGCUGGAGAACAUGCCAUGCCUUUCUGGACUGGACUCUCACAUGCAGCAUGUGCUGCUGUUACACAGAGGGACAGACGUGCUGUGGGGAAGAACACGGGAGGAACUGGAGAACUUGCUGAUCACGCGACCCGUCGGCGGCUGGGAAGGGAUGAGCAUCCACUCUCUGGGGGAAAUCAUUUGGUCCUCCCUGGUUUUCCUGAGAAGUUACUACACGGAGGAGAUGUGUGAAUGCUACCUCGUGCUGUUCUCCUUCCACUUGCUGAUUCUUUCAGUGGACCGUAGAAAGAAGGCGUUUGUUUAUGAGGGUCUCCUUCCUCUUGCUGGGAUGUGUCUGAGAGAGAUCACGGGCGCAAUCAACCACACAUUGGAAAUUUCUGGGCCCAUGAUAGAAUCCAGGCUCGUUUGCUGCCAGAAUUCCGCCGACUUUGACAUGUGGGUUCAACACCUCCAGCAUCAAAUCAAGAUGGCAAACACUCACUGCCCAGUCAGUCCCAACAAUAACAUCUCUUUUCUGGUGCCGUGUGACGAACCGUGGAAGAAAAGAGAGUUGGUGAGACAUCUGUGGUGUAACACCAUCCUGAAGUGGGAAGGAAAACCUAUUCAGCAUCUGGGAAGGAUGCAGUAUUUGACCAUGGUGCAAGUGGCUGGUGGCUGCACGGGGGAGUCCGAGGAAAGGCUGCUGAUCCUGUUCCCAGAAGAUCUGCUUUUCCUCUCUGUGGAUAAGGACAGAACUGCCAUCACAUACAAGGGAAAACUCCCCCUAACUGGAAUCCAGGCAAAGGAGAAAUCCGCUGCGCUGGGGAGGUUACAGUUUGAAAUUACAGGAAGCCUGACAGAACCAAUUCUUAUCACCUGUUCCACAGCAGAGGACUAUGAAAAAUGCCUCUUCUACUUACAGAAGCCAGAGAAAACCCUUGAUCCUCAGCCUCUCCAGCCACCACCAGUCCUCCCUAAGAAAUCCUGGCAGCAUCAGCAGGACAAGGAAAGGUGUGCUGAAUACCAACCCAACAGAAAGGGAAGAAGCUGCAAGAAUGAGUGA